AUGGCUUCCAACGGAGAGCAGUUGGACCUUCAGGGUGUCGACACUAUCGUGUCGCGCAACAAGCAAUGGAGAAUCAGCACGCGCAAGCGACCUAUCCUCAAGGCCGGUCCCAUAGAUGCCAUGAACGAAAAGCUCGGUAUUCCCGUGCCUGAGAUGAUUUUUGGUGACAACCUGGUUGCUAUCGAGCACAUUGCUUCUGGCUGGGCCAUCGAGUUCAAUGCUUUCGAUGCUCUUGACCGCGUCUCCAAAACUGCCGACGGCAUGUUGCAGGUUGCAUAUUCCAAGGAGUGGCAGAGAGACCGUCAACAUCAUCACGAAGGCAUCAAAGAAGUCGUCAAGCCAUUCGAUUGGUCAUACAGCACAGACUUCAAAGGCCGCACUCACAGUCCAGAUGCCGCUGUCGUCUGGCAGCCAACUGAUCAGUCCAAGGACCCUAUCAGGACCGAUCUCCUUUCUCGUCCGGAUCCUAUACUUUUCUACGACGAUGUCAUCUUCUACGAAGACGAGUUGGCUGACAACGGUAUCGCAAUCUUCAGCUGCAAAAUCCGUGUCAUGGCCGAUCGUCUUCUACUCCUGUGUAGAUUCUUCCUGCGUCUUGACGGUGUCAUUGUACGUGUCAGAGACACGAGAAUCUACAUCGAGUUGGCUUCCAAGACCGUGAUUCGACAGUACACUGCCAAGGAGGAAUCCUACGAUGUUGUCCAGUCCAAGCUGCAGGUGCACAGAGAGAACAUCCCUGAAGUUUUACGUGAUGCCAAUCGCAUCGCCCCUCUUCUGCGCACUGUUGAGGACACUAUGGACAAAGUUAUCAUUCCUUGA